UUCAUUUGUCUGGACCAGAUUUUGAAGGAUUUUUCAUACAAGCCCGGGAUGCAGAACAUCUGGAUAGCCCUGCAGUUGGUUCUUUUGUGUUGGCUGACCGGAGAUGUUCUCAGCUGCUGACAUGUGGUCGUACCAAGAAUUCAGCUGUCAGUCACACAAGUAAAGCAAAAAAGAAAGACAUAAAAGUUUAUUGGGUUGCUCCUGGAGAUGCUCCAAAGCAUGUACAGUUUCUAGCGACAGUUGUGAAGAAAUACAGGAUUUUCUGGGUAAAGAUUCCAGGUCCCAUUGUUUCCCAGCCUGAUGUCCUCUCCCCAGCACCACCUUUGCAUGCAACGACAGAGGCUAUGUCAACUUCACACCCAGUUUCCUACAUAUCAAAGCCA